AUGGCCGUGCUCACACACCUGCUGGUUUGCAUCUUUGGCAUGGGCUCCUGGGUGGCCAUCAACGGUCUGUGGGUGGAGCUGCCGCUGCUGGUGACAGAGCUGCCUGAAGGCUGGAACCUGCCCUCCUACCUCACCGUGGUCAUCCAGCUGGCCAACAUCGGGCCGCUGCUGGUCAGCCUGCUGCAUCGCUUCCGGCCUGGCUGCCUCUCGGAGGUUCCUGUGAUCUUCACUGUGCUGGGGGUGGGCACCCUGGCCUGUCUGCUCAUCGCCUUCCUCUGGAACAUGACCUCCUGGCUGCAGGGCGGCCAGCACAGCGUCGCCUUCGUGGUCCUCACCUUCUUCCUGGCCCUGGUGGACUGCACCUCCUCCGUCACCUUCCUGCCCUUCAUGAGCCGCCUGCCCUCCUACUAUCUCACCACCUUCUUCGUGGGCGAAGGACUCAGCGGCCUCCUGCCUGCCCUGGUUGCUCUGGCCCAGGGCUCAGGGCUCACUGUCUGCGUCAAUGUCACAGACAAGCCGGGCACUGCCGAGGACGGCAGCAUCACGCAGGUACCCAGCGCCGUCACCUGCUGCCUGCCAGGCACCUUUGCCCCGCCCGGGGACUCCGGCAGCCACCUGCAGAGCCGCUACCUGGCAGCUCGCUUCCCGCCCCUGGUCUUCUUCCUGCUGCUCUCUUUUAUGAUGCUGUGUUGCCUCGUCGCCUUCUUCCUCCUCCAGCGCUGGCCCCGGGGCCAUGAGGCCUCUACCGAAGACCUCCUCAGCUCCCAGGUCACCCUGCAUGCCAUCCGGACGCCGGAUGAGAAACCCCCAACCCCCCUAGGCCCAGCAGACAGCAGCAAGGGUCAGGGGCACACGGAGGAGGAGAAGGCGGGCACCCCAGGGGCUGCCCAGCUGACCUUCAUCUACUCCCUGGUGGCCUUCGUCAAUGCCCUCACCAACAGCGUGCUGCCCUCCGUUCAAACCUACUCGUGCCUGUCCUACGGGCCUGUCGCCUACCACCUGUCUGCCACGCUCAGCUCCAUGGCCAACCCGCUCGCCUGCUUCCUCUCCAUGUUCCUGCCUAGCAGGUCUCUGCUGUGCCUGGGGCUCCUGGCGGUGCUGGGGACUGGAUUUGGUGCCUACAACAUGGCCAUGGCUGUGAUGAGUCCCUGUCCCCUCAUGCAGGGCCACUGGGGAGGGGAAGUCCUCAUUGUGGCCUCGUGGGUGCUCUUCACCGGCUGUCUCAGCUACGUCAAGGUGAUGUUGGGCGUGAUCCUGCGCGACCGCAGCCGCAGCGCCCUCGUGUGGUGUGGGGCGGCGGUGCAGCUGGGCUCGCUGCUCGGAGCGCUCCUCAUGUUCCCGCUGGUCAAUGUCCUGAGGCUCUUCUCGUCCGCUGACCCCUGCAGCCUGCAAUGUUCGGCCUAG